CGUUGUUGAUGAUUCAGAAGAAGAAGUAGUUCGCAGCUAAGGUUUUUGCUGGAGUGAUCAAAAAUGGAUCAUACUAACGUUAGUCUUGAUAGUUUAAUUCUAAAGCUACACGAUGUCCAGGGAGUCAAAUUUGGGACUUUCAAGCUAAAGAGUGGAAUCAUUUCCCCUAUUUACUUUGAUCUCAGGGUUAUUGUUUCGUAUCCAUCUCUCAUGAAUGAGGUGUCAAGACUUUUGUUCCUGCGUGCCAAAGAAGCGGGAGUGAUUUUUAAUUCUGUGUGUGGCGUCCCGUAUACUGCACUACCACUGGCCACCAUAAUCUGUUCACAGAAUGAUUUGCCAAUGCUCAUUCGAAGGAAAGAGGCCAAGGAUUAUGGAACCGGACGCAUGAUCGAGGGUAAGAUUCACCCUGGUGAAACAUGUCUGAUAGUAGAGGACGUAGUGACCAGUGGCAGCAGUGUGUUUGAGACAGCCGAGGUACUUCAGAAGGAGGGUCUGAAAGUCACUGAUGCAGUAGUGCUUAUGGACCGUGAGCAGGGAGGUCGGGCCAGGCUCGCCAAGGACGGCAUCACACUCCAUUCGAUCAUCUCAAUCUCCAAACUGUUGGAUGUGCUCCUGGAGGCUGGCCGGAUCGAAGCUGAAGUCGCUCAGAGCGUUAGGCGGUUCAUCCAUGAAAAUAGCACCUUCAGACCUACAGAGAAAAACGGUUCUCCGGCAGCUAAGAAGCCAUGUAAAAGCCUCAGCUAUGAGGCCCGGGUCCAACUCCCACACAUCCACCCUAUGGCUUCCCGCCUGCUGCGGUUCAUGAAGGAGAAGCAGAGCAACCUGUGCGUGUCCGCAGAUGUGACGGACGCAAAGGAGCUCCUGGAGGUGGCUGACACUCUGGGCCCUCUGAUCUGCAUGCUGAAGACCCAUGUGGACAUCCUGCACAACUUCACCCCGGACGUCACCAGCCGGCUCAGCAAGCUAGCCGACAAGCACAGCUUCCUUAUCUUCGAGGACCGUAAAUUUGCAGACAUCGGCAAUACAGUGAAGCAUCAGUAUGAAGGUGGGCUUUAUCAGAUUGCGUCCUGGUCCCACGUCAUAAAUGCUCAUGCGGUGCCAGGCUCAGGGGUGGUGAAGGGGCUUGAAGCAGUGGGGAAGCCGCUGGACCGUGGUUGUCUGCUUAUUGCCGAAAUGAGCUCCCAAGGUUCCCUAGCAACAGGGGCGUAUACUCAAGCUGUGGUGAAAAUGGCGGAUGACCACUCUGACUUUGUGUUUGGUUUCAUCUGUGGCUCCAGGAUCAGCAGCAAACCCGAAUUCAUCCACAUGACCCCAGGAGUACACAUGCAGUCAGGAGGUGAUUCCCUUGGACAGCAGUACACCAGCCCUGAGGAAGUGAUUUGCAAAAAGGGCUCUGAUGUUAUUAUCGUUGGACGAGGAAUCCUGGCCGCUGCUGAUCGGGUGACUGCUGCUGAGGCGUACAGAAAAGCAGGAUGGGAGUCUUACCUGAAGAGACUGUCUCUGACCAACUGAAAUAUCUAGUAAUCAGACGUCCAUAUGUUACAUUCUUCAUCCAGCCUUUUUGUAGAGCACACGUUAUUAUACUAGAGGCUAGGCAUGUUCUUUGAUUUCCUGUGUGUAUGGUGGUUUUGAAUUUUGACCUCUACAACAUAACCAGUAAUGGAAAUGUUGAAACUGCAAUUGCUUGGACCAUAUUACAUCCCUAGAAUAACCUCCUCAGGUUUUUACAUAACCAGUGUAGUCUUAGGCCUGAAUUUAUUCCCUCCAACUUGUUGCUUACCUUGCCUUAUUUAGUCCAUGGGAGCAAGGACACUUUUCAGUAUACUCCCUCCACUUAUUGUGUUUGGGUCGGUAUUGCACUAAACACUGAAGAAUGGCACACUCUAUUGCAUUGCAUUCAGCUGUUACUGCAAUAAAAGAAAGUUUUUCAUUUUUAAAAAUUGUGGUUUUAUUACUAUGCUAAGGAAUUCAGUAGCUGAGAAUAUUUGUUCCACUCUGGUAUGAGAACGUCACGAUACAAUGCCACAAAGUACUAUGUAUGUAUUUUUUGAGACAUGCCAAGGUUGUCCUGCCAAUUUGUCAAGAACAGGCAAUAAGAGUAAACUGUAUUUUGAAUCUG